AUGGUCGCUUCGCCGACCAAAUCGCUGGCGCGACCGAUACGACUCCAGAAGCUCCUCAAGCCAAAGCCACCGCUUCCUGCGUCGUAUGAUGUCCCGCUGACGCCGUCGUGCACGCCGCUCCAUACGGCAAUACUUCGCAACGAUAUGAAAGCGGCCCAUGCGUACAUCCGCUACCUCGACAGCACCGAUGCUGAUGGCAACACACCGCUGCAUCAUGCGUGCGUGGCGGGACGGUCCGAGAUGGCGGCACUGCUCGUCGAGCGCGGCGCCAGCGUCAACGUGACCAAUGACGGCGGCAACACGCCGCUUCACAAAGCGGCCGUCGGCGGGCACGUGGCGUGUGUCGAGCUGCUUCUCGCCCAUCGCGCCAACGUCUUGCACAAGAACCACAAAGGGCAGUAUGCCGCCGAUUUGGCGGGCUGGCGCAUGCAUACGACAGUCACUGCACGCCUACGAGACCUCGACCUCGCCGCGGUGUUGGCCAUCGCCCCCGAUGCAGCUGGCAACACGCGGCUGCACUAUGCGGCGGCGUCCAACAAAGUGGACGCGUUAUUGCGCAUUCUAGCCGAGGGGACUCCCCACAUCGAAGCGCGCAACGAGAAUGGUUGCACAGCCCUGCAUCUCGCGGCACAAGCUGGUCACUAUGACAUUCUCCAGUACCUUGUCGACGCCGGCGCCGACGUGUUUGCCGUCACCAACGAUGGCGCUUGUGCGUUCGACUUGGCAGCGACCCACUUACGCCUUCGCAACCAGCUCACUCGCAUCGAGACGGCCAAGUUGGCCACGCUGGAGCAACACUCGGAGCAAGGCGACACGGUGCUGCAUGUGCUGGCAAAGCUGGGCAGGCUCGACGACGUCCAGUCUCUGUUGCAUGCGUCGCCCGCCGCGAUGACCGACACCAAUGCCCAAGGCGAUACAGCGCUGCACGUGGCGGCGCAGUACAACCGCGUCGAUGUGCUCCGUGCCAUUCUCGCUCAUGACGACGGCGCGUGUCUCUUUCGAUGCAACCAUAAAGGACAGACAGCACGCGCAACAGCCCCCGUGGCAUCGUUCUCGGCCAAAUUAUUGCGCGACGCAGAGCAUGCGCAACUCGGAUGCUUCGUCACCGAGUGGCUUUUGGAGAGCAUGGUGCAUCGCGUCACGGCGCGCGAUUCGACUGUCCUCGACUUUGUCUACGCCGUCCGGCCGCACUCGCGACUCUUUGCGUCGCCCUAGUCCUACCCUACCCUAAUCACCACAAGACAAAAAGAGCA